CAAAAAACUAUUGAGCUUAUGACAACACUAAAUCAGUGCCUAAUAUUAGCCAGCAUGAAUGAAAUAUUUUCAUAUUGUUUAUGCAGCUUCUUCAAAUGCUGGAUGCAGACACUUAUUCGUAUUUCAUUAUACCAUAAUUAAUGGCUUAUAAGACACAUGGACUCAAUAAGACGCACCUCAGUUUGGGCAGGCAUAAAAAAAAAAAAAAAAAGGUAAGUAAACAGGUUUAAGCUCUGAAUAUGAAGUGGAGGGUUUCACCUGACAUUUGAAGCCCUCUUAUAUGUAUUCAGAUCCUUAUUAGAUCUCAAUAUUUUACAUUUAAAAAACCUUAAUAUUUGCUAGGACCUACCAACACUAGUACUUAGACUAAUCCUGCUGUGAGAUGUAAACAAAUGUGGCAUAGACAGUGACAUUGUCAGAGGCCAGAUUGUAAUAAAGUUUGUACAUCACAUUUUUUUAUCAUCAUUCUACAAAUGAUCCUAGUUGUAUAUUUUAGUACAUUUUCAAAGCAUAAGGAUGUGUGAAAACAGAUUCACCUUAUUCUCUACAAUGUAUUUUUAUUUGAAAUAUUCAGUACAAACCAUCACCAUGAGUCGCCCUACUUCAUGACACUCUCUUCACUUAUAAAAUCUUUUAUUUUGUUAGGUAGUAAGCUAUUUUUAAGAAUGCAAUAGUUUCUCAUUAGCUUCAAGUUUUGUUGAACAUGUAUGCAAGGUAAGAAUCUUAAAAGAUAGGUACAAUUCCAGUUGUAUGGAGGUGUGUCUUACCUCAAGGAAUAAUGGCAUCAUACUAAGAAACGCAGUGAAUCCUGCAAUUGUCACCAGGUUUGGUUUGCAACCAACUGCAAGUUUGUUUUGGUACAUGAAAUGUAAGAGUCAUCACCUAAUUUCUUCCUGACUGGUGUUAUUUUAUGUGAAUUACUAGCCAUCACUAGCAGACCUCUUGGGUGGUUUCCAAGACCCCAGCUUGGCCUUCAAGACACUUAACCAUACCAGGGUCUUCCUCCAGCAGCUCACCAGAAUAUAACUGGAUAACUUGCCUGCUGCCAGCACCUCCAGGCCUCUAGAGGUUGUGGCACCACAGCCUGCACAGCCCCUCAAAUCCCCAACAAGAACAAGAACACAACAGGGUAGUGGGAGUGAUGGCUUCAAGACACACUGCCACUGUACAGGGCAGCUGUUACUCUUGUACAUCAUGUGCUGCUUACAAGACUGUGCCUAAAAAUCUGAGAGGAAAAAGUAAAAGCUCACAGGACUGGUUGACGAGACAGCUAAAUGACCCUUAUGUGAAGUUGACCAAGCAACAUCAGCGCAGGCAUUGUCCAUGAUGCUUCCUUUGUUGUGGUUCCAUCAUGGCAGGCAUGGAAGUGCCUCUCACUGCAUCACCGCCUCAUGAUCAUUGAGAGCAUGGACACAGACACUGAGGCCCUAGUGGGUACGUGGACCUCCUCAAUGGACAGAUGGACAGAGGCUGGUGUGCUGGCUACAUGUAUCAGGAGCAAAUCUCAACCUUCUUCUCCGUUGUGGCAUCAGGGAUGACAUAUGAGAUGGCCAUGACCAGCAUGCCCCUUCAGGUGCUGCGUCUGCACCUGCCACACAGUCCAUCCUCUGAGGCCGUUGUCCUGCUCAUCUUCCCAAAGCCUCAGCGUUAUGACACCUAUGUGGAUGGUGUCUUUGUUCCCCCAGCCAACCUCAACACCUCUGCAGCCGGCUACAAGCUGUUGCCUGAGAACCCCACCCAUCCUCAGGCUUUCCUUCCCAUGUUGGACAAUGCAAUGGGGACCAGCUUCUUCCAGCGCAGUGCUAAGUUGGUCCAUGUGGUGCUGUGCGAAGGCCACAUCCUUGACAUCAAGACCACACCCAUGAUCACCCUCACCAGUGGCCUCAUGGUGAAGGAAGAUGAGUUUUAUGAGCAGAACGUGGUGUUGAAUCUGGCCAGCCUGUUUGAGGUAUCCCCAGACAACAUCAGGGUCAUCAGUGUUAUGCAGGAGCUCUCCAAGAGACAGCAGGGAAGGCUGGAGGCUGAAGUGGCCAGCGCUCACACUACAAGCCUGAAUGGUGAGGAGGAGGAGGGAGCAAUUGGUGGGGAGGUGAUUCCCUACAAGAAGCUGGUGCAGAGUCUUGAGAAGGCCGUCAAUAGAUUCCAGGAUGGAUCAUGCAGCAACUGUGCCUCUCUCUCUUGGUGAGUGACCCCAUUGAGCCACCACCCAAGGAAGCCCCUCCAAAGGCCACAGAGGAGGAAGGCAGUGUUGUCAUUCUGGAUGCCAAGCUGUUCUACAAGCAGCAGGAGAAGGAGGUGGCAGAGAAGAUCAAGGAAAG